AUUUACGUUUCUAUCUCCCCUAUCUCUCUCUCUCUUCGCUGGAGGAUCAUUUAUUGCAAUUGCACCAUCUCUACGCUCUCUGCAAUUACUUCUCGCUGCCACAUCUUCUUUCCUCAUACCUGUUCCCCUUCUUUCCUCUAUCUCUCUCAUCAUCAUCUUCAUCGGUCAUAUUAGCUCUCUUCUCCUCACAUAGAAAGAGAGAGAGAGAGAGAGAGAGAGAGAGAGAGUGAAAGUAUCAUAAUCAAAAUUCCAAAAGGUUUGAUUCACAAUCCUAAGCCGAUUCAUCCUCAACAACAACGAAUUUUUAAUUUGUUUGCUGUUUUGCUAAUCAAAGUUCGUCCCUCUUAUCAGACACUGAAUACAGGCAAGUGUUUAGUGUAUGGUAAGAAAGUGAGAGUUGAAGUUGAAUGCUCCGAGAUCUUCGUGGGCGUUGAUUUCUGUGGAGAGGAGAGAAAAGAAGAGAUGAGACAUUUUAGCGCGUCAGCCUUGAUCUUUCCCUGCUCUCUGCUGUCUCACUUAAAUUUCUUCAACCCCCAUCAUCACCAUUUUUCUCUCUCUGAUUAUUUCUCUUGUGGAUUGGCACGUAUAUGACGAGCAAGGACGGAAACAGUCUGCAGAGAGGGAGAGAGUUGAAAUUUAACCCCUUCGAAAAGAGAGAGACGUAGAGCCAUGGUCUGCCAGUAUAUUACUUGUAAUAAACUAAUUAGCUAUGCUCAGACCGCACCAGAAGAGAAUCUAAUUAAACCACUAUCCAACAGCUCUUUCCCUCUUCAUCUCUCUCUGCUCUACCUCCUAUCUCUCUUUGUAUAUUCUCACUAUAUAAACACCAACCCUAAGGGUUAGACUUUGACAAAUAAAGUAGUAAACCAAAGAAACAGACAAACUUACAAUACUAAUAUAUUUAGACUUUGUGCAAAAGUUUUCCCUCUGUAGUACACUACUACUGGUUUGUGUUGCAGAGAGAAAGAAGACUAUUAGGGUUAGGGUUUCUUUCAUCAGUUUUGACCCUGAGAGUAAAGAAUUAGUUUUGUUUGUGUAAACUAUACUUCCUUCCUCAUCAAUAUGAUGAUAAGGAAUGGAAAACUUGAAGGAUUUGGGUCAUUUACUUCUUCUAGACAUAGGCUUACUCAUCAGAUGAAUAUGUUUCAGCCAAAUAUGUUUGAUCAUACUCAACACAAUCCCCUGGAUAUGAUGUCGGACAACGAUCUGGCGAGGAUUAGUAAUACCGUCGAUGAAUUCGAUAGUAAAUCUGGAAGUGAGUACCUGGAAGGUGGCUCAGGUGAUGACCAAGCUGAUCCAACAACUCAACGUGCGAAAAAGAAACGUUAUCAUCGUCAUACCCAACAUCAAAUUCAAGAAAUGGAAGCUUUCUUCAAGGAGUGUCCACAUCCAGAUGAUAAGCAAAGGAAAGAACUUGGGCGAGAAUUAGGUUUAGAACCUCUGCAAGUCAAAUUUUGGUUCCAAAACAAACGUACACAAAUGAAGACUCAACAUGAACGCCAUGAGAACACGCAAUUGAGAAUGGAAAACGAUAAGCUUAGAGCAGAAAACAUGAGGUAUAAAGAAGCACUUAGCAACACCUCGUGCCCUAACUGUGGUGGUCCCACUUCUUUGGGUGAAAUGUCAUUUGAUGAGCACCACUUGAGAAUCGAAAAUGCUCGACUAAGAGAAGAGAUUGAUAGAAUUUCAGCUAUAGCUGCAAAGUAUGUUGGGAAACCAAUGGGUUCAUCAUUCCCUCUUCUUCCUCCCCCAAUUCCUUCCCGGUCAUCACUUGACCUUGGAGUUGGAAUUCAAGGAGGACUUCGAGGAGACAUUUUCGGUGGAGGAGGUGAUCUGCUUAGAUCCCUUUCUGGAUCCCUUACAGAGGCCGACGAGCCAGUUAUCGUUGAGUUAGCUGUAGGUGCAAUGGAAGAGUUGAUCCGAAUGGUUCAAUUAGGGGAACCACUAUGGGUUGCUGGCCCUGAUGGUGCUACUGAGAUUCUAAGCGAAGAUGAGUACAUGAGAACAUUCCCAAGGGGAAUUGGACCUAAACCAUUUGGAUUAAAAACUGAAGCUUCUCGCCAAAGCGCUGAUGUUAUUAUGAACCAUAUGAACUUAGUCGAGAUUCUUAUGGACGCGGGUCGAUGGUCCAGUUUAUUUUCCAGCAUAGUUCCAAGGGCCAUGACUGUAGAAGUCCUGUCAACUGGUGUAGCUGGAAAUUUUAAUGGAGCACUGCAAGUGAUGACAGCUGAAUUCCAAGUUCCUUCCCCUCUUGUACCAACCCGCGAGAGUUUGUUUGUGAGGUACUGUAAACAACAUUCUGAUAAUACAUGGGCGGUUGUGGAUGUUUCCUUGGAGCAUUUACAUCCAAGUAGCCCACCUGUAUCGAGAUGUCGAAGAAGGCCAUCAGGCUGUUUGAUCCAAGAGAUGCCAAAUGGUUACUCGAAGGUUGUCUGGGUGGAGCAUGUAGAAGUAGAUGACAGAGCAGUUCACAGUAUAUACAGAUCACUGGUUAACUCAGCUCUUGGAUUUGGUGCCAAGCGUUGGAUCGCAACCUUAGAUCGGCAGUGUGAACGCCUUGCUAGUGUUAUGGCGAGUACUACAUUUUUAGCCGAUCCUGUAAUAAAUAAUCAAGAGGGGAGAAAGAGUAUGCUGAAGCUCUCUGAAAGAAUGGUUAUGAGUUUCUGUUCUGGUGUAAGUGCUUCUACCACUCACACGUGGACUACUUUAUCCGGAAGUGGUGCUGAGGAUGUGAAGGUGAUGACAAGAAAGAGCGUUGAUGAUCCAGGAAGGCCUCCUGGUAUUGUGCUCAAUGCAGCUACUUCCUUCUGGCUUCCUGUACCACCAAAGAGGGUUUUUGAUUUUCUUCGAGAUGAAAACUCUCGAAAUGAGUGGGAUAUCCUUUCAAAUGGUGGUGAUGUUCAAGAAAUGGCACAUAUUGCUAAUGGUCGUGAUCCUGGAAACUGUGUUUCUCUGCUCCGUGUUCAUGGUGUCCAUAGUGCAAACUCAAGCCCAAAUAACAUGUUGAUACUGCAAGAGAGUUGUACCAAUGCAACGGGGUCAUUCGUAAUUUACGCUCCAGUUGAUAUUGCUGCGAUGAAUGCAGUUCUAAAUGGUGAAGACCCAGAUUACGUAGCACUAUUGCCUUCAGGUUUUGCUAUACUUCCUGAUGGACCCACAGUUCAUGGAGGGGGAACUGCAGCUGUUGGGUCUGGCGGAUCACUCCUAACUGUUGCAUUUCAAAUCCUGGUUGAUUCGAUUCCAACAGCAAAACUCUCUCUGGGAUCAGUGGCUACUGUCAACAGCCUCAUUGCUUGCACUGUGGAGAGGAUCAAGGCUGCAGUUAAUAGUGACAGCACGUAAAUGGAAGUCCUAACUUGUUGUAACAAAGAAAAGAGAAGAAGAAGUAAACGUAUGAUGACAAAGGAGAAAAGUAAGAUAUUAGGGUUUGUAAAAGAGAAGAAUGAAGAAGUCAAGAACGCACCUUACAUGAUCCUUGCCUUUUGGUGUUUGCUUAUUUGUUGUUGUUGUAAGAAGAAAAGUGAAGAGAAGACGUGACAAGGGUGUGCACUUCACCACCAUGCAAGGGUUAUUGGUUCGGGCAUUGACUUCCCUUUUUAUAUUAAAAAAAGAAGAAGAAGAAAGAACUUGACUAUGUAAGACUAGUAGAGUUAAAAUGACAUCUCAAGAUUUUGUUGUAGUUUCCAUGAGAGUAUAAAAUAACUCGUUUUUAUUCAA